AUGACACUAAUUGACUACCUACUUACUUCCUUGGGGGCAGAUGAACCCACAAUUCAGGCGUCAUUAUUGCUGCACUGCGGGUACGGCGUGCAUGUACGAAUCUAUAGCAGCGAAGGAAACGGAGGUAUUGCCGUCCUCGAAUCUGAGUUGAAGUCCGGAUAUCAAAGUCUUGGGCUAGAUGUUUGGCCGGAAAUACCGGUCCGGUCGGAUCGUUGUCGCUGGCCGGUAACGCGCAUCCUACCUAUCAGCGUUAGCAACGAGCUCUUCAAGUUUUAUCAAGAUAGCCAGCUGCUGGCGGCGACUACUUUCCAGGCCGGCUUAUGUUUUGUUAUCCACUUUGCUACUCUUGAGCGAGCUGAACGCAAAGGAAAAUCAGGAGGGAAGAAAAGUUUGACGACUGCUCAGUUACGACUCUGCAUCUCUGCUGCAUUUACCCCGGUCGUGCUGUGUCAUCCGCGGCAGGGUCAUAUCCGGCACCACUUUACACUUCACAACCUCUCACUAGGAUUUGCCUUACUCACCAAGCCGGGUCAUCUCCCCUUCCAGCCCAUCGUGAUUCCAACUGUUGAGCGCGUCAUUGUCGGUGUACAUCUUCAACGCGACUGCCACCACAAACACCAUAACAACUCCACUGCCUUGGCUGCAGCCCACACGACGACUCGACGGCAUCUGACUAUAUCCACCCACACGUCUCGUCCACGCCCGGGGCUAAUUCUCCCCUCACGCCUCUCCCAACGACACACCUUCACUCAACCCGCACUGCGCGGAACUGCGUUCAAAGACGCCCGCCCGCUUUUGAGCAUGCCUCUUUUCGAUCUCGGCUCUCUGUUUCUCGACCACGUUGUUUUCAUCACCAACCUUGUCUACAUGAACAUCGCCCUCUCCAAUGCUGAACCCAGCCUACUCUUUCCUCUUUACGUUGUAUUGGGAUUCUCCCACCGCAAAAUGGCCCCCACCCAUGAAAUGGUAGCCAACUGCGGCUACCAGACCCCGGAUGAACACAGCAAUCGUCCCUCGUACUUUGCUACUCCGAACGAAUCUCCUUUGGCAUCAUUGCCCUUACCUAGAUCUCCUUUGAGACGGCCCCCCUUUGUUCCUCGCUCCUCCCAUGGACCAGCCUUUGAAACGGAGGAUAGCACGGCGAUGCCUGCGGCCGAGCGGCAGGCAGAGUCGAAUGAGUCUAGUCCAAACAACGCCAAACCUACGCUGGAGAAGCAUUUUAGCUUCGGCAAAGUAGGAAUUCGAGAUCGGAUCGCCUGUCAUACCUGGACUUGGUUCACUAUGACGAUGGCAACCGGAGGAAUGGCGAAUGUGAUACACUCUCUCCCCUACCAAGCUGCCUGGCUCAACGGCAUAGCCGUAGCAUUUUUCCUGCUCAAUGUUAUCCUCUUCAUCAUAAACUGUGCCCUCGCCAGUAUUCGAUUCAAAUCCAGACCAGGGGCCCUCACCCAUUCAUUCACAGACCAGACGGAAUCGCUCUUCAUUCCUUCUGCUGUUGUCUCUUUCGCCAUCAUAUCGAUCAACAUAUGCCAGUUCGGUGUGCCGCAUGUAGGGCCCUGGCUCCUUAGAAUCAUGCAAAUUCUAUUCUGGUUCUACAUAGCCUUGAGUGUGCUUGCUAGUGCCACUAUUUACCUGAUUCUUUGGUCGACAUUGAUAUUUCCCAUUCAUACCAUGACUCCUACCUGGGUCUUCCCAGCCUACCCUUUGCUCCUCACGGCACCUUUUGCGAGCAACCUUAUACAAGCUGCUGUACAAACGAACCAGCAGGUCGUCACUCUCAAUAGGACUGCCAUUGCUCUCUGUGCAGUCGCUACGCAAGGCGCGGGCUGCUUGAUUGCCUUUAUGAUCUCUGCUGCCUUUAUCUAUCGGCUGAUGACGCAGAAAUUACCGCGGGAUUUUCAACGUCCUGGUGUGUUCAUUUCUAUUGGGCCAUUUGCCUUCACGGUCGGAGGCUUAGACAAAAUUCUGCCCAGCAAUUUCCUGGGCACCGACCUUGCCGUGCCCAUCAUCAAAGUCAUGUCAGUCUUGAUCGGGCUAUGGCUCUGGGGUCUGAGCAUGUGGUUUUUUAUCGUCUCCGUAGGAUCACUUUGGAAGUAUGUACGGCCAGAGAGCAAGAUGCCUUUCCAAAUGACAUGGUGGUCAUUUGUCUUCCCGAACACUGCACUUGUUACGGCCACGACCGCGCUUGGCAAGGCUUUGCAGAAUAAUGGAUUGCAGAUAUUUGGCUGCGUCUUCGCAGCGUGUCUGAUAGUCAUAUGGUUUAUUGUAUUUGUUACGAUGAUUCGGUGUUUGUACAAACGGGAGCUCCUAUGGCCAAAAGAUACCCAAUAG